GGCCAUGGAAGUGACUGGAACACCUGGAUUCAGUGGUUUGGAUGGGGGACUGAAUACUUUUAUAAAUAUGUGUAUCCGUCUCUGUGUGUGUGUGUGUCGCUCGCUCGCCCACCUGAAACUCAACCAGUGCAAUGGCCAAAUUUAAAAAUCUUAAAAUUUCAUUUUAAUGCUCUGCUUUAACCCAAACUGUCCGUUUUUACAUUUAUAUACGUCAGAACCUCAGCAGGAAAAUCCAGGCGUUGGUAGCAGACCAUGAAAUAUUCAAAACUUUGGGUACCACAGGUUCUGAUUCCACAUCUGCAGAACAGUGAUAUCUGAUGAAUAUUGGGGUGAUGGUUAGAGUCAGCAGAAUUGAUGAGGGAAGCCUUUCGUAGGUUUUUAAUAACAGAUAUUGUGAGAUGUUUGGUUUAUAGGUCAUUUUUGAAGGUCAGCUUUGAUGAGCACAGUCUGGUAUCAGCUUCAAAAUGUUCUCAGCCCUGAGGUUUUCCAGCUUAAAGGUACGAGGUGGACAUGUGACUUUAGUAGCUUUAACUGAGGUGAAGAUCAGCUUCAGACCCUGACCGGUUGGUGGUCAGAUUUGGGCUUAAAGUGAGUGCAGUAACGAAGAACCGAGGUCUGGAAGAACUGUCUGACUGUGGGCCGUCACUAAAAGCAGAGGGUCUCGUUUUUGGACGUUGUGUAUCCUGAUGGUCAGCCGUGUGACUGUCUCUGCUUUUAGAAUAACAGAGAAAUGAUCUUCAUCGCUUCUGGUUCACCAGCUGGUUAAAACUCUGUGUUGAUGAGUGUUGAUGAGUGUUUCAGAGCCGCUGAGGAGAAAUCCGAGUUCAGUACAGCAGUCGCUUCUGUCGGUCAGUCACGCUCUGAGGACGUGACCAAGCUGCUCCGAGCUUAUCGGUGCCUGACCAGGGCGGAGCUGGUCCAGUGCCUUUUUCACGCUGCAGUCCGGAGACCACCCGCUAUUGUUGAGAAGUUCCACUGCGUUUCAGACUCUGUGUCGAGCUCGUCCAGCUGGAGCUGCUUCAGGUUCUCGGAUCCCACCUCCCCACCUUCUACACACAGAUCUACCGUCAUGCAGCUACACAGAAAAGGUCACUGUGUUCUGAUCGUACUAAUCACUGUGUUCACUGCUGGGUCUGUAUCAGCUGUUGCUCCAAUGAAGGUGAAGCUUCAUGACUCUGCUACUCUGUCCUGCUCUGGGAGAUGUUCUGGUUUGGUCAGAUGGACUGAGUUCAGUAAACCCACUGAUCCUCUGGCUGAGUGUGAUCAGACUUCAUGUAGAUCAGUGAAGGAGGGAUAUCAGAUGAUCCAUGAUCAGUACCUGAAGGGAGAUUUCUCUCUCAUCGUCACUGACGCUGAUUUCACUAAGAGAGGCCUGUACACGUGUGACUGUGAUGGUGAAGAUCUCUGUGAUGUGAAGCUUAAGAUUGAGCCCUUGAACUGUACAGUUCAGAUGGAGCCUGGUGAGUCUCUAGUGCUGAUGUUUGAUGUAUCAGAUCCAGUGGAGGUGAUUUAUAACAGUACAGUUACAGCUGGAGCAUCCAGUGGUCAGAUCUGUACAGUGGGUGGACGGUCACUACAGUGUAAACCUGAAUACACACAGAGAGCAUCACUCACAUCUGCUCUAGAGCUGAGAAACAUGACUCCAUCUGACAGCGGACUUUAUGCUGUAAUGGACAAAAAGAAUGAAGACGUCAUUCACACCUACACAGUGACCGUCCAAGAUGUGCAGGACAGCUGGAUAUGGAAGACCACCUAUGAGAAGGGAAACAGCGAUGGAUAUCAGACGGGAGUGGGGUGUGGAGCACUGGCUGUCGGAGUUGCAGCUCUGGUCAUCAUGUUUGGAGUAUUCUUUCUUGGUGUGUUUGCUGCGCCGUGGGUGCAUCCUCAGAUGGACAGCUUUGUCCAGAUGCCCAGAAGUAAUGAUUCCUCAUACAGGAGUCAAUGCAAGGAGAAGGAAAAGGGUCAGAUGAUCAUAUGAUGUCAGCCAGAGUUAAGAAGAAUAAGCAGCUUCUACUGCCUUGAACAAGUUUUUGUUUUUUUAUGGAUUCCAAGUUUUUGAAGCUCUGAAAAGCAGAAAACAAAGGGAAGGUGUGGGACGCUUGCUUUGAUCCUCAGUCACAUGGACUGUCAUCAUGUUGAAACAUGGUUGGUUUGGUUCCUUCACCUCACUAAAAGGAGACAAACUUCAGAUGUCUACAGUGGCAGGGUCAUGAAACACACCAGCAAGAUUACAGCUGACCCCUCUCAUCUUGGACAUCAGCUCCUCCAGCCACUCCUCUCUGGUAGAAGAUUCAGCACCAUCAAAGCCAGCACAGCCAGCUUCUUCUCCCAAAACUCUCAUUAACCACAGUGGACAGUUUAACCUUGCAGACCCCUCUAACUGUGGCCCACUGUUCAACUCCUCUGCACCAUAACGCGCCUCUCCACUGCACCACAAUACAUUGUAAACAAGGGUGAAAUGAGUUCACACCUCGUUUUUGCCCCUUUUUAUUGUCUCACAGGGUAUGUAGAGUACUAACUUGACUUUUUUUACUCUAUUCUUGAAAGAUUUUUAAGGUUUAAAAAUCGUGGGGUGAGUUAGGGACUUGACUUAAAAGUUUAUAUUAAUCAUUUUUCUAAAGUAUUUCAAAGAACGGGUUUGUUUGCGUAUAACAUGUAAAACAUUCUAAAAAAAACUUUUUUUUUUAACCUCGGAAAAUGUAGCACAAAGCCCAGAUGCCUUUUAAAAGUAAAAAAUGUUACAGAAAACAGGGUCAAAAGUGCAAAACCCUCAUCAUGGAUGGAAGUUCUGUCCACCGGUACCGUCUCUAUGAGGAAAGCACUUUUAAGAAUGUCUUGAUGUUUUUUAUGGAAUAACCAUAUUGGCUAUUACUGUUGAUCAGUAUUUUCAGCUCGGUGACAACUGAGCAUUGUGAGUCGAGCAAGUAAAACUUCGAAGACGUCUUGGUGAGUACCAGUUUUUGAUCAACAUGGCUGAAUACAGUAAAAGAGAUUUAGAAAAGAAUUGGAUAAUACAGUUGGAGUGGGGAAUUGGCAAUGGAAAACAUUGGAGAGACAGAUAAUCAUUUUGGCUAAAGCGGUUUAUGACUUAGAGAUAGACCCAAAAAAAGUGGAAAAAAGUGAAGGCAGAAACGGAGAAACUGUUGAGAAAAUGGAUGUUGGAUAAAGAACUGUCUCCCCAUGACCAGAUUUCCUUGGGACAGGCGUUAAAUGAUUUUACAGCUAGAGCAAUAAAGGAAUUAGACGAGGCUAAGGCAGAACAUGAAAAGGCAGGAAUGUUUAAGAAGGGAAAAGCAAGGAAGAGCUUAUCAGAUGCAGAACAGGAAAUAGCAAAGGUCAGAAGGUUGAAGUGCACAUAUAAUGGCAACCUGGAUAGAAUGGUAAGUAUCCCCAAGUAUCCCCACCCUCCUAUGAUAACCUAACGCCAGGCAUUUUGACAUGGACACCUGAGCUAGAGCAGGCGUUCAUUGAACUAAAGCAGGAACUAGCACAUGUGGCUGACCUUGCUAGACCAAACUACCACAUGAAAGGAGACAGGUUAUCUCACCAGUGCGGGCAAACCCAUAAAACACAAGGAAGAGUUCUUAGCACUAGAGAAAGCGAUACAACUACCAAAACAGGUUGCCAUCAUAAAGUGCAAGGGACAUCAGAAAGGGGACUCAUUGGUAGAAAGAGGUAAUGAGGCAGCAGACAAGGCAGCAAAGGAAGCAGCAGGUUAUAAAAGAACGAAGUUGGCAGAUGGUGUUCAAGGAAGUGAACCAUGGGAACCAAUUCCGACAGGAGAAAAGCUCAGGCAAGUGCAGGACCAGGCUAGCCCAGAAGAAAAGACUAUUUGGCUGGAUAAAGGUGGUAGAAAGAGUGAAUUAGUCUGGGAAGGUCCCACUGGACUUUGGUAAAAGCAGGGCUGGGAGAAGCUCACGGGUUGGCACAAGUAGGAAAGGUACAGAUGAGGGAAAACUUGAAAGGAUGGUGGCAUCCAUUUCUAACCGCUAUGAUAGCCACACAUGUAAAAGAAUGUGAAGUUUGUAAUGUAAAUAAUGUGGCAAAAAACUUGCAAACCAGGGGUAGGAAAAUUCCCUAAGCCCAAUCGCCCAGGGGAACACAUUCAGAUAGAUUAUACAGAUAUGAUUCAGACAGUCAGGAAGUACAGGUAUCUGUUAAUGUUCGUGGACGUAUUUUUGGAUUGGGUGGAAGCGUUCCCCACUAUGAGGAAAGAUAGCAAAUCAGUCUGUAAAAUGUUGAUCAAUCACUGGAUUCCCCAACACGUGUUUCCCAAAAGAAUUCACUCAGAUAAUGGUACUCACAUAAUAAGUAACGCCUUGGCAUGGGUAGAACAAUUAUUAGGCCUAUAGCUUCUUAAAUGGUAAGAUAUCUGUAGAUUAGUCACUUUGUGAAAAUUGGCUUUGAGAAAUAGUCGGAUUUGGCUUGAUAAAAUUUGGGGAACACCCCGGGCCCAGGGAAUUUGGUAGAUAAAGUUAAAGAAAAGUGAAUGGUGGCAAAAGCAUGCUAUAGUAAUGUAUGAAUGAGUCGACUUUAAGGAAAAUGCUGAGCUCGUUCUGUGUGUGUUGUAUAGUUUUUCGUUCUUAGAGAAAAAAAGAAGAGAAAGGGGGAUUGGUCUCUCUCUCUUUUUCUCUCUCCCUCUCUGUGUGUGUGUGUGUGUGUGUGUGUGUGUGUGUACACGAAGCUGGACUUCGUCUGUGUGUCAGCCCCUCCUUUUCUGAGUAAGACGUGUGUGUGUGUGUGCAGAUAUGGGUCUGUGUGUGUGUGUCUGAGCGCCACCCCUCCCUCUUCUCUUUCUGGGGGUGAAGCAUUUAUGUUCUCUGACCUGCUGUGUGUCUAUAGAGUAACUUUAUGAGAGUUGAGGAUUGAUAAGGAAUGAUAUUUGCUUUAUUUAGUUAAAACUUAAGGAGCCUUUGUAGGGGACUUUGCUGAAAAAUUAAAAUAAAUAAAUAAAUAGAUUUAUGAGCAUCUUAUAUGGAGGACAAUUAAAUUUAAAAUCACUAGUUAAAGUGAGUAAUGUUUAUAAAAUUUGAAUAUUAUUAAUGUGAGGAGGAAAAGUCGUAUGGAUAAGGAGUCCUAUGUUUUGUUUUACCUUUAUAUGGUUAUAAACAACAAUGAGUCUUCUGUGGGAGACAAAAGAGGACCUUUGAUUAUAUCGUGGACAUCUAAGAGUUAAGUAAAAUCUAUGAACCUCUUUUCAGAGACGUCGAUAAAAUAUAUAUAAAUGAGAUGAGCUCCCAAGAAAGGACAGAAUAGUUGAGGACGUAAAUAACCAGUGUGCUGACAGAUAAGUGUAUAAAUGUGUGCAUUGUUAAAAGAAUGGAUUGGGAUUAACUCUUAGUUGUGUCAUACUCACUUUUGUUUGAAUGAGCAGGAGAGAGCCAGAUGACUGUGGGUGGAGAACCAGUGCAUUACCUAACCUGAGCUCCAGUGAAGACAUCUGUGGGUGACUAAGAGGCUACUGUUUUAUCCACAAACUCUUUCACAAACUUAGAAAUUAGUAUUUAGAUGUAAGUGCAUUUAAUUCUAGCUAGCACUGUUUAUAAAUCUUCAGUGUGUGUUCAUUUAUUGAUGAAUAAAGAAAUUUGUAAUUAACAGUAAGGGUUAAUAAGGGAACUGUUAAAAAAGACAAAAAGCAAACUAAGGUGUCAAAUGUAAUUACUCCGGUUGAUGUUGUGCGGAAGAGUUUAUGGUGGGAACACAGCCUGCCAUAGGAGGUAUCAGGAGACUUUUAGCUAAUCUCCUAGGGAUUCCAGCUAUGGACGAGAUUCUACAGAAAGCUGGACUAAAUUGAUAUGUGGGGACUGCUGUGAAUGAUCCAGAGCUGUUUUCUGCAGUUUGAGGACGAAUGUAGAGAGCAUUGAGUGAUACAUUUCCGACAAAUGCGCAUCCUGAUAAUAUUCUGAUUGAGCCACUCGGACUGAAAGAAAACCCGAGAGCUUAUGUUUCAAGAGCCCUUCAAGUGUGGAGAAAUGUUACAGGAAAUGAUCCGGAUUUGAAUCAAAUGGAACAGUCCAUUUUGCGAGAAAAUACAGAAGAGGUUGCCCCUACCAGUGAGGAGCAAACUGGCAGAGGUGGUUGGCCUUGGAAGUAUGGCAAAAGGUGUGAAUACAGAUCAUAUAGCCAACCAGGUGGGGAUGACAAGAAGAAGGAGAAGAAGCAGGCUUUGGUCAAAUAGAGUCAGUCUCUGCUAAAUCAGCUAUCAUCACAACAAUAGCUGAGUCAGGUUCAGCUCUAACUAUCACAGCUAUCAUUGAUACCUCCAGCUGUUGCAUGCUCUGAUGAAGCACAUGGGUUAGCUUAUCUUGCAAGAGGGGAAGUUAGAAGUAAAAUCACAAAGGCGUAUGGGUUUUGGGCACCAUACUUACUGGAGUAGAUUGAUUAUGUCAUAGGUAGGUGCACAAUCUGUUGGAGAAAUAAUGUUCGGAAGGGUAUGAUAGUUCCUCCUGGUCACAUUCCGACUCCAAGGGGUCCUAUGCAUGAGUUGUUGUGGAUUUUUGUUGGCAUCAUAAAACCAGUUGAAGGGAAAAGAUAUUUAUUAGUGGUAGUAGCUUUAUCAGUACCUAAAUUUUGUGUAAAGAAGUCAUAGGUAGAUAGGGACUUCCAGAUCUCCUCAGAUCAUGGGAAAGAGUUUGUGGAUAAGAUAGUAAGAAUGAUUUUGCAAAAUUGGGGAUUAGACAACAUCUUGGAGCAGUUUACCACCCAUAAAGUCAAGGGAUUUGUGAAAAAAAUGAAUGCUAGUUUGAAAAAUCGCAUUGCCAAAAUCUGUCAGCAGACAGGUUUAAAUUGGGUAGCAGCACUCCCAUUAACAUUAAUGAUGAAGACGAGGAUGAGGUGGAAGAAGGUGAACUGGUGGAAGAAUAUUCUUUUUGAAUAUUUAAUCAUUUUAUAUUCAUUCUUAGUGGAUCUGGCAUUAUCUUAUGGAGUUGUGAUUUGCAUAUGAUGUGUCUGUUGUUUUUCCCAAGGACUCGCUGUUGUUUUCUUUCCCUUUUAGAAAGAAAGGGGGUUUAGUGUUUGGAAAUCGGGAUGCGUUGAAGGGGUGCACACCUUCAUGGAUGGAUGAUAAAAAAGGACUGAGAGACUCUGAACAAGAAGGUCUACACCCAACACCAUCAACACCACUUGGGAGUCGACAUGUGGAAGAGUUUCAGUCUGAUACAUUGAUGUGUUUAUAUGUCUUUGUUUGAAUACGUUGGGACCUCAGAUGUCUUAUGUUUUCUUUUCUUUUCUUUUCUUUUCACGAGUUAGGGGAAUGGGUUUUAGGUUUGUUGUCGGGUCCGAUAGGUCGACUAGCCCGCUAACGAACAUUAUUUUAAUUUGUUUAUUUUUGGGGUUCCAUAUGUAUUAGCUUAAGUCACCUUCAUACAUAUUGAAUUUUUCUUUUAACGUUGGACUGGAGUUCCAUAAAGGAGGUUGCUUGUGGCAGGAGAACCGUGAGAGAAUUUUUCCUGUCCAAAUUGUUUGAUGGAUAUUUCAGGAAAGUUGGCUGCCUGACAGGUUUUUUCGCUCUCACACUCCAGACAAUGUCCAGUUGUUAAGCAAAUGUAAUGUGUUAUAUGUGUAGUCGCACUCAUGUUCAUCUUUUGUUUUUUGAGGCCCUGUAUAGCCACGAAGGGGGGAAUAUGAGGUGUAUAGACGAUCAACUACGAACAAAGACCGUUGUAUUAGUAGAUAUGGGGGAAUAGAAUUAGACUACACCCUAGGCAGCUCCACAGCAUGGACAUUUGAUUUGUCAUUAACUGCGCAGGUCAGAACUCAACAUAUAGAGGUUACGAUGUUAUGUCUGAAUGUUGACCUUUCGGGUGAAAGGUCAAAAGGGGGAAUUGUGGAAUUAUUAGCCUUAGUAUUGUUCAUAUUACUUUUUAAGAUGUAUUA